GGACAAAGUCACAACAGCCUUCUGCAUUCACAGUCAGUGCGUGGGAGCCAGGUCCUAACAGCUUACUGGAAUACAGGGGCUUAUUCUGGAAAAAUAAAAAGGAUGGGUCCCUGGUGGGCUCUGCUGGUCUCACAGAUGAUGCUGCAGCUGUGUACAAGUGUGCAAACUCAAGGCACAGUCUACGACCUCCUGGCGUCUCCUGACUGUCUGCCAGACCUUCUGCAGCGAGAGCUGGAGGCUCAAGCAGUGAAUGAAGUUUUCAUCCUAACAACAUUCCAGCUCCAGACCAAAUCUGCCACUCCAUUAUUUGCCCUUCUUAACCCAACUUAUAAAAGCAAAUAUUUUGAAUUCACAGUGACUGGGAAGCUCAACAAAGCUACUCUCCGGUACCUGAGGAGUGAUGGUAAGCUGAGCAGCACCACCUUCAACAACCUCCAGCUGGCAGAUGGACAGCGCCAUGCCAUCCUGUUCCACCUGAAAGGCUUGCUGCAUGGCCCUGCGGGCGUAGACCUCUACGUAGACUGCAGACUUGUCGAGACAGUCAGGGAACUGCCAGCCGCCUUCCGGGGCCUGUCGGCAGGACCCAACAUGGUAGACCUCAAGACCAUGCCAAAGAAAUCACAGGAUGAGCUGGAAGAAUUGAAGCUGGUCACUGGAGAUUUUGUAGAAAAUGUUCUUUCUUUGCAAGACUGUGACCUGCAGCAGAGUGACUCAGUGCAAAUGCUGGGUGUGAACGCAAAGCAAAUGUCCAAUCAGAUGGCGGAGCUCACCAGGGUCAUCUCUGAACUGAAGGAUGUCCUCCUGCGACAGGUCAAAGAGACAACAGUCCUAAGAAAUGCCAUUAUAGAGUGCAAGGCCUGUGGUCUGGAUGACGUGAAGAUCCCAUCGACAGCCCUACAAGAAUGCCAGCCUGGAACGUGCUUCAGGACAGACAUGUGCAUUCAGACAGAGGAUGGGAUCACGUGCAGGCCCUGUCCUGAUGGUUAUACGGGCGACGGAGUCAACUGUGAUGAUGUGGAUGAGUGUCAGUUUAAUCCGUGCUUCCCUGGGGUGCGCUGCAUCAACACGGCCCCAGGCUUCCGGUGCGAGGCUUGCCCCCGGGGCUACACGGGCCAGGCCGUUCAGGGAGUCGGAGUCCAGUACGCACAGACACACAAGCAGGUGUGUAAUGACAUAGAUGAGUGCCAAGGGCCUAAUAACGGUGGCUGUACCCCUAACUCCUACUGUCACAACUCUAUGGGCUCCUUCCGCUGUGGCGGCUGUAAAGAUGGCUUUGAGGGCAGCCAGGGGAGCGGCUGUCAGCCUGCAAAGAUGUGCGCGAAUGGCCGGGAGAACCCCUGCGAUCCCAAUGGCCGGUGCGUUGUGGAGCGAGACGGCAGCAUCUCCUGCGUGUGUGGGAUCGGCUGGGCAGGGAAUGGCUACAUGUGCGGCAAAGACACAGACAUCGACGGGUAUCCUGAUAGGAAGCUCAGGUGUAAAGACCCACAGUGCAGGAAGGACAACUGCAUGUACGUUCCCAACUCUGGGCAAGAGGAUGCCGAUGGUGACGGGAUGGGUGAUGCUUGUGAUGAAGAUGCUGACGGAGACAACAUUUUAAACGAGCAGGACAACUGCUGGUUGACACCCAAUGUGGACCAGAGGAACAGUGACAAGGAUCGCCAUGGAGAUGCCUGCGACAAUUGCUAUCUGAUAGACAACCCGGACCAGAGGGACACAGACCAAGAUGGCAAAGGGGAUGCAUGUGAUGAUGACAUGGAUGGCGAUGGGUUGAAGAACUUUCUGGACAACUGCCAGAGGGUUCCUAACCCUGACCAGACUGACCGGGACAACGAUGGAGUGGGUGAUGCUUGUGACAGCUGCCCUGAUGUUCCCAACCCCAACCAGUCGGACAGUGACCACGAUCUUGUUGGAGAUUCCUGUGACACAAACCAAGACAGUGAUGGCGAUGGCCACCAGGACUCCAAAGACAACUGCCCCAAUGUCAUCAACAGCUCCCAGCUAGAUACAGACAAGGACGGCCUUGGGGAUGAGUGUGACGAUGAUGAUGACAAUGACGGCAUUCCAGAUGUCCUGCCACCUGGACCGGAUAACUGCAGGCUCGUGCCCAACGUGGACCAAAUGGACGAUAACAAUGAUGGGGUGGGUGAUAUCUGCGAAUCGGACUUUGACAAAGACAGAGUGAUCGACAGGAUCGACAACUGUCCGGAGAAUGCUGAGAUCACCCUCACCGACUUCAGGGCUUACCAGACCGUGGUGCUGGACCCUGAGGGUGACGCCCAGAUAGACCCCAACUGGGUGGUCCUCAAUCAGGGAAUGGAGAUUGUCCAGACGAUGAACAGUGAUCCCGGGCUCGCUGUGGGUUAUACUGCCUUCAGCGGGGUGGACUUUGAAGGUACCUUCCACGUGAACACGGCGACAGACGACGACUACGCCGGUUUCAUUUUUGGCUACCAGGACUCGUCCAGCUUCUACGUGGUCAUGUGGAAGCAGACGGAGCAGACCUACUGGCAGGCCACACCAUUCCGGGCUGUGGCGGAACCAGGCAUCCAACUCAAGGUGGUGAAGUCAAAGACGGGCCCUGGGGAACACCUGAGGAACUCCCUGUGGCACACCGGAGACACGGAUGACCAGGUGAGGCUGCUGUGGAAGGACCCACGCAACCAGGGCUGGAAGGACAAGAUGUCGUACCGCUGGUUCCUCCAGCACAGGCCGCAGGUGGGAUACAUCCGGGCCCGAUUCUAUGAAGGUCCAGAUUUGGUGGCUGAUACUGGGGUGAUUAUUGACACCACCAUGAGAGGUGGGCGUCUGGGGGUAUUCUGCUUCUCCCAGGAGAACAUCAUUUGGUCCAACCUCAAAUAUCGCUGCAAUGAUACGAUCCCAGAUGACUUCCAUGAGCUGAGCGCGCAGACCAUGGGUGACUUUAAAUGAUCAAACACAGAAGAAAUUUCAGUGGUUUUGUUUUCAGAGCUGCAACUUCUGUUAUCCCUCAGAGCAUUCAUACAAACUCUGAAUAUGUUUAUGAAAAUCAUUCAGAUGAUUGCAAUAACUGUACAGUAAUACUCUUCUUUAAAAAAAUACUUUGUAACAUAUGCAAUAUCAGCAAUAUUUAAGUUUAAAAAAGGACAAAUGUGGAAAUUUUGGUCUCCCUAUUAGCAUGGCAGCAGGAAUAGCUCUCACUAAAGUUACUCUGUGAGGGAAUAAAUCAUAACAGUUAUUUCUAAGUACUGAUAAGGAGUCAUGCAUACAUCAGUUAUUUUAACCACACUAACAGCACUGUAUGCAAUUUUAUGUUCUUUACAUGGAGUGUUUGUAAAGAAACUGAUAGAUGUUUUCAUAAACACAAAAUAUACUGUGUCCUUCUACAUUA